CAUCGAAGGCUACAACAUCAUGCCGGGAUAUCCAAAGUCCAUCUACAAAUUUGGUAUUCCAAAAUACAUCAGGAAAAUAGAUGCCACUGUUCAUAUUGAAAAGACUUCAAAGACAUUAUUCUUUGCAAGAGGCCAAUACUGGAGCUAUGAUGAAGUGAAACAGAGGAUGGAUGAAGGUUACCCACGACGGAUGGUGGAUGACUGGCCAGGAGUCCCUUCCAAGCUGGAUGCAGCAAUUGAACAUAAUGGAUAUAUUUACUUCUUCUUUAAAUCAUCUCAGUUCAUCUUCAACACAAGUGAGCAACGUGUCUUUGCAAUACAAAGAAUCAAUUCACUAUUGGGAUGUUAAAUUCCUCGACUUAUCAAGCUGUGUCAAAUAAUCUAAUUCGAGCAUCUUUGCAAGAGGCGAUUUAUUGGGUCUGCACUAGUAUAAAAUCGAACAACCAACCAGAAUAUAAUUAAAAAUGCUUCGCCGUGUAGCCUAUUUGUACAACAUAAAUAAAAAACUGAUAAUCUGGCACCCUUGGGAUAUUGGUGGAGUGGACCCGCAGAUUUUCUGAAUUAUUAAGACAUUACCCCUACUAAUAACCCCACACAAUUUUAUUUCACAUUUUCGUUUGAACAUGUGAUACUGUAGCAUAACACAUUUUCCAGUGAAUAUAAUAAGUUUAAUGUGAGAAAAAGAGUUCUUGUGAGUUCAGCUCAUCUGUUUCAAAUGGAUAACCAGGUUUAGUGUAACGAUGAGUGAUCCUGAAGUUGAAUCAUCAGGAGAUCUGAAAACUUGGAUACCAAAUUAUCAGUGUUUUACUUUGGUGUUGUGUUGAAAAAAGAAUACAAAUCUAGUUUACAUCAUAACUGUUUGAAUAGAAACAUAAAAACAGAAAAUAGUUGCAGGAGUAGGCCAUUCAUCCCUUCGAGCCAGCACCGCCAUUCAAUAUGAUCAUGGCUUUUCAUCCAAAAUCAGUACCCCAUUCCAGCUUUUACCCUAUAUCACUUGAUUCCCUUAGCCCUAAGAGCUAAAUCUAACUCUCUCUUGAAAACAUCCAGUGAAUUGGUCUCCACUGCCUUCUGUGGCAGAGAAUUCCACAGAUUCACGGAUUAUAUGUACGUAGUCACAGAUGAUCCAUGUUCUAAUAUAUUUGAAUGUAUUAUAAAAUGCAAUAAAUUUGUAUAUACCUUUUUAAUGUGGUAAAAACUUUUUUCCUCAUCUCAGUCCUAAGUGGCCUACCCCUUAUUCUUCCCACCUCGAUUACUGCAACGCCCUUUACACUGGAAUCUGCCAAACUUCCCUGUUCCGCCUGCAACUGGCCAAAACGGCGCAGCGAGACUCCUGACGGGCAACCGAGAAAGGGACCACAUCACCCCGAUUCUGGCCUCUCUCCACUGGCUCCCUGUGCGGUUCCAAAUAAAUUUCAAGAUCCUUCUUUAUGUUUACAAAGGGCUUGCCCCCACCUACAUCAAAAGUCUGCUUACCCACCACACCACCUCCAGGUCCCUCAGAUCGGCCGACUUCGUGUUACUGAACAUCCCGCGGUCUCGGCAUAAGGUCAGGGGCGACCGCGCUUUUGCGGUUGCAACUCCUAGACUGUGGAACAGCAUCCCUCUUCCCAUCAGAACUGCCCUCUCCAUCGACUCUUUUAAUUCAAGACUCAUCCUUACUCUCAAGCCUUUCUUGACGUCCUCUGAGAGAGGGCUAUAUGUAUGUAUUUAUGUAUGUACUUAAUCUAUGAACCACUGUUGUAUAACGUUAGUACCUCCACCAAAGUAAAGCACUUUGGUCAACGAGCGUUCUUUUAUAAAUGUGCUAUAGAAAUAAAAGUGACUUGACUUGACAGUCAUGUUAAAUAUUUAUUUAGAACUUUAAUAUUUAUAUUCUGAUACUUGAAAGGAUUGUGUUGCUUAUAUUUUGUGAGUUAUUUUAUUCGGUAAUAAUAAGUAUUAUGGAGGCAAACAAGGCUAAAUUCAUUUUGUCAGCCUAGCAUUGAAAACUGAGAUUUAAUAUCGAAAAAAAGUGGUGGAACAAAGGAAACUGAGCCCCAUAUUUUUUCAUCUAUUGUAUUGUAAGCAACUGAAAAUGGUAUGUAAUUUUAUUUCUUUACAGAUAUUAUAUGUACUUAGUCACAUAUGAUCCAUGUUCUAAUAUAUUUGAAUGUA